AAUGCAUGCAUCUGGCCGUUGUGGCAUGUGGGGACCGGCUGGAAGAGACGCUAAUCAUGCUGAAAUCAGCAGUUCUCUUUAGCAACAGGAGGCUCUGUUUUCACAUUUUUGCUGAGGAUUCCCUUAAGCCUGAAUUUGAGAAGAAGCUAAAGGAAUGGCCUUCCUCAUAUACAAAGAAGUUUGAAUACAACAUUUACCCAAUAACCUUCUCAGUAGGAAAUGCUCAGGAAUGGAAAAAGUUAUUCAAACCAUGUGCUGCCCAGCGCCUUUUUCUUCCGGUCAUUUUAAAGGAUGUGGAUUCUCUCCUUUAUGUGGACACUGAUGUUCUCUUCCUGAGGCCCAUCGAUGACAUCUGGCACAUCCUGAAAGAGUUCAACUCAACACAGCUAGCUGCUAUGGCCCCAGAACACGAAAUACCAAAGAUUGGCUGGUAUAGUCGAUUUGCGCGUCACCCUUAUUAUGGGACAACUGGCGUCAAUUCUGGAGUGAUGCUAAUGAAUUUAACACGGAUACGCAACACUCAGUUCAAGAACAGCAUGAUACCCAGUGGUUUGACUUGGGAGGAAAUGUUAUAUCCGUUAUACCAAAAGUACAAAAAUUACAUUACAUGGGGAGACCAGGAUUUACUAAAUAUAAUUUUUUACUUUAACCCAGAGUGUCUUUAUGUGUUUCCAUGUCAGUGGAACUACCGACCUGAUCACUGUAUGUAUGGAAGCAACUGUAAAGGUGCAGAAGAAGAAGGUGUCUCUAUUCUGCACGGAAAUAGAGGUGUCUACCAUGAUGACAAACAGCCUACAUUCAAGGCUCUCUAUGAAGUGAUACGUGAUUUUCCAUUUGAAGACAAUCUCUUCCAGUCUUUGUACUACCCUCUGCAGUCUAAGUUUCUGGAUACAGUGCACACUUUAUGUGGGAGAAUCCCGCAAGUAUUUUUGAAGCAAAUUGAGAAAACCAUGAAGAAGGUGUAUGAAAAUCGUGUCAUCGUCUACUUGGGGGCCAACCACAGAUACUAAAUGUAGCUAUAUUUUUACGCAGAGCUUUUCAUUCUUGCACUUCCACCUCAUGAAGCAUAUAAAUGAAGAAUGUGACCUCUUUUACUGAAACUCAGAC